AUGAAAGCGUCGCGGAUGGAGCGGCCAGGGCGGCGUGCGAAGGCCGGGUCGCUCAGCGGGCUCUCGGGCCCCGGGGUCCUCUCUGGCCCGCCGGGGGGUACGCCCAGUGUGCGUCGGCAGCGCUCCCUGGAGUGGGGCGGUGACCGGUACAGUAGCAGCGAUGAUGACCGGCCGCCUCAGGCCCCCCCACUCGCAGAUAGAGUGUUCGCUUCGCUUCUCGCUCAGGCAACGCAACAGUUUGAUGAUGAACAGCGUCGUAUAUAUGGUUCAGAAGGUGGGGAGGACCUGCCUCGUUUUGUCAGUAGCCCACAAAGGCAAUCUUCACCAUUUCCACACGAGAGUACUAACCGGCGCUUCUAUAGAAGAAACAGGAACUCUAAAGGUGAAGAGAUGUUUAAUGGUGAGCAAGGUGGCACAAUGUCACGGCGGAGGCGUGCUGAUGAUUUCACGCUUGACGGCAAUGGACGAGCGCGCCACUGCCUUACCAAUGGUCCUACCAACGGCACAGGCAGCGAGCGAGAAUGCGACUCGCCGCCGGAGCCGGCGCCGCCCGAGGUGCCGCCGCGCGGGCCCUCGCUGCACGUCACUUUACGACACCGGCCCGUGCCGUGCGAGCAGCCGGCUGAGCCCGACCGCCUCUACUUGUCCGAAGGUAAAAGGCUUUAG